CACAUCCAUAGAAGGCAGUGGAGCCGCCGGGACCCAGGCCGCGGCGCGCCCGCCUGCUCAUUCGCCCGCCGCCCGCCGCCCCCCGCCCGCUCUCUCCUCCGCGCCGCGGGCCGCACCCCGCGCCCCUCGCCGCGCCCGCGACCAAGAGCCGAGAAAGUUUGUGCGGCAAGUGCGGGCCAGAGCGGAGGGCGCGCCCGCGGAGCGCCGCCGAGACCCGCGCGGCCCCGGCCGGCGAGAGGGGAGCUCCCCGAGCCCAGGCGGCGGCGGCGAGCCCGAGCCCGCGCCCCCCGCCCCCCGCCCGCCAUGGGCGCCGCGGCCCGCAGCCUGCGGCUCGCGCUCGGCCUCCUGCUGCUGCUGGGGACACUGCUCCGCCCGGCCGACGCCUGCAGCUGCUCCCCCGUGCACCCGCAACAGGCGUUUUGCAAUGCAGACGUAGUGAUUAGGGCCAAGGCAGUCAGCGAGAAGGAGGUGGACUCUGGAAAUGACAUCUAUGGCAACCCCAUCAAACGGAUCCAGUACGAGAUCAAGCAGAUAAAGAUGUUCAAGGGACCUGACAAGGACAUAGAGUUUAUCUACACGGCCCCCUCCUCCGCGGUGUGCGGCGUCUCGCUGGACAUCGGAGGAAAGAAGGAGUAUCUCAUCGCAGGAAAGGCCGAGGGGCACGGCAAGAUGCAUAUCACGCUCUGUGACUUCAUCGUGCCCUGGGACACCCUGAGCACCACCCAGAAGAAGAGCCUGAACCACAGGUACCAGAUGGGCUGUGAGUGCAAGAUCACGCGCUGUCCCAUGAUCCCCUGCUACAUCUCUUCUCCGGACGAGUGCCUCUGGAUGGACUGGGUCACGGAGAAGAACAUCAACGGGCACCAGGCCAAGUUCUUCGCCUGCAUCAAGAGAAGCGACGGCUCCUGCGCGUGGUACCGCGGAGCGGCACCCCCCAAGCAGGAGUUUCUCGACAUCGAGGACCCCUAAGCAGGCCACCGGCACCCCUGUGGCCAACAGAGAGCCUCCGAGAGUCCAGACUGGUCCAGCUCCGACAUCCCUCCCUGGAAACAGCAUGAAUAAAACAGUCAUCCAAGCGGGUCUACAUUAGUGUGAUUCUCCCGCCCGCCCCCAUUUUCCUUUUCAAUGUGCUUGUGGGUCUGGAGGCAGAGGUGGGUCCUGCACCCCAUCCCCCACCCUGGGCGCCUUGUGGCGUGGUCUCCCACCCUUUGGUGUGGCCAGGGGCAAAACACACGGGCUUGCCUCCCAGGCCCGCCCCGGCACGGUCAUAAACGCUGAACAGACAGCCUUCAGGGGUCCCCCAGCCUGGUCAGGGCAGAGCCCGUAAAUAUGCUUUUUGCAGAAACUUUUGAGGGUCGUUGCCAGACUGUGUAGCAGGCCUACCAGGUCCUUUUCCUCUCGAGAGGGGCAUGUCCCUCAGUUCCUGCAGCCCCCGCCCCUCUGGCCCUAGGGUGGCAGUCCCUGCCCCUUGUGAGUACCCUGUGCCCACCACGGACUCCCAGCACCCGUGACCUCUGUGUGUCCAGGAGCAGCCCUGGACCCAGGGCUUGUUCUCGAAGGAGCCCCAAUCGAUUGUAUUAAUCUGCAGAAUUUCCGUGGGAACCUCCCUCCCGGGCCUCGUAGAACUAUGACAGCGACAUGCUUCAGCCCAGCCAAGCCCCCAGCACACACCCCAGGCCUUGAGGGAAUCUGCACCGUUCUGCUCUGGGGCAGACGUCCGGGGGGGAUGCUUGGCUGCCCUUGUAGUUCAUUGCGGAGCCUCUGGGCUCCCCCGUCUCUCCAGCUCCCUCCUGCUCUUCUGGCCUGGGACCCCCAGGAACAGACUUUGCCAGGGGUUGUGUGUGGCCAGUGGCAUGAGCUGGCUGUGCCCUUUGCACAUCCUGAGGACAUCAGGAGCUGGGUGCCGCCCUGUCCCCCAGGACGCCUCAGAGCGCCCUGAGAGGUUUGUGACCUCCCUGUGCUGUGCGGGCUCCUGCGAGUGAAGCUGUUAGCUCAGUGUAGGGUGCAGCCCUCUGGGACACUGUGGCCGGCUUUUUGAGAUAUCUCAUUCUUCUAAAGAUGAAUUCUCAGAUGAUACGUGAGCCCAAAUCUCGGGUGUCCCCCCCUCGGCUUGUCUUUCUUGUAUCACAAAGAUCACUCAGUUAAGAACCUUCAUAGGGAGCUGGAGAGCAGAUCUGUCCCCCGAGGAUGGUUUUCUGGUGCAAGUUUCUCAAUAACAAUAAAGAUAAUCUCCUUUUUCUUCCCACCCACUCGCGGUGUAUAAAUCGGCUGUUCCGAGUUUAUGGUGUAUAUUAGGCAAACACACACACACACACACAGAGUGAAAGUGAAGUCUGUCGGCCUGGGCGUGGUUCUCCUGCAGAGUUCUCCCAAAGUCAGCUUCUAAGCCUGCUCUAUUCUGCGGUGACCCCAAAGCACCUUUCAGACGCCUGACCCCCCCCCUGUGGCGUGCAGCCCCCGUGCCCACCGGGACCUGGUCAGCACAGAUUUUGAUGACUCCCUUUCUAGGGCAGAGUCGGGAAAUCUGGCCCGCUCCGAGGGCCUCUUCAUGCUGUGCAGUGAUGGGAAGUUAUAAGAUGUCAUAAUGGACCAGUCCGUGUGAAUCCAGUAUAUACGAGAACACCAGACCCUCCAAUCAAUAUAACACCCCCCCCCCCCGUCUGCUUCCUGUAUGGUGUUAUCAUAUGUAACAUUUACUCCUGUUUCUGCUGAUCUUUUUUAAUGUUUGGGUUUGUUUCUGGCAUCCGUUGUAAUCAUUCCUGUGCUGUGUUUUUAUGACUCUCAGUAGGGGUUAGACGCGCACCUUCUCUUCCCAAAGGUUUCUGCCUCGUGGAAGCAUCGGACCCAGAGUGGACGCGGCGUGGUCACCAGCCUCGGAUGGGGACCCCUUCAGACCUUUCCUUCGGUCCCUUGAGUCCCGUUGCCUUUCCACCUCCCAUCUUUUGUUCUUCGGUUCCAAUUAUUACGAAGCGAAGGAUCUGUGAGUAGGUGGGUUCCAAAACGUGGCCUCCUUAUAGUCAAUCCACGUACGUGGGGCUUGGAGCCGUGCCGAGGAGGAGAACAAGAGUCAGGACGAAGGAUGCGGGGGCCGCCGAGGAAGGCCACUCAUGCCCUCGCGGUGAAUCACUGCCAUCGAGGGGGAGGCUAAGAAGGCUCUCCACUUGGCGUUGUUUAACUUAUAUGUUACAUCCUAAGCGCUGCCCUUUCCUUCCUCUCUCCUGGUUUCCGUGCAAGCAGCUCACAGUAUUUAAGAUCAAGUUUACAUCGUAGUUCUCUCCAAAUCUUUGCUUGAUGAGUACUCAGAAAUAUCGGACUCGCCGCCGUAAUUUAAAGCUUUGUUGACCUUGUUCGUUUUUGUUUGGAUUUCUUCGUUGUUGUUGUUGUCGUUUAAAUUUUGGGGCAAUGUGAUUUUGCUGGGAUAUGAAGUCUGAGACCUCCCUGUGCCGGGAACACGUGAGAGUUGUUGAAAGUCGACAAGCAGACAGCGCAUGUCUCCGAUGCCUUGUAUCCUUCUCGAGUGAUCGCUCGGUCCGUGGACAAUAAACAGUAUUAUCAACGAGAA